CUUCUCACUUCUCUAUAAAUACUCCCACCCUCCCCCACUUCUCUCUAAGCACUCACACCUACGCAUCAAUCUUAAUUUUCCUUUUCCACAAUACUUACACAAUUACAACCGAAAUGGGCCACACCAUUACACGCAGCGGCCCACUCCUGCUGGCCGUCGUCGUUCUCUCCGCCGCCGCCAGCUGCUCCCUCGCCCAAAACUCCAUCGGAGACUACUUGGCCGCCCACAACGCCGCCCGGAAGCAGGUUGGCGUGGUGCCGCUGCAGUGGAACCAGACGGUGGCGGCGUACGCUCAGCAUUACGCGAGCCAUAGGGCAGGCGACUGCACGCUGGAGCACUCGAGAGGGCCUUACGGAGAGAACAUCGCCGAAGGCUACGGGGCUUUUAGCGGCAAAGAAGCGGUGGAUCUCUGGCUGUCGGAAAAGCCUAACUAUAACCACGACUCCAACUCCUGCCAGGGAGGAGAGUGCCUGCACUACACUCAGGUCGUUUGGGGCAACUCUGUCGGACUAGGGUGCGCUAGAGCUACGUGCGCCAACGGAUGGGCCUUUGUCACUUGCAACUACUAUCCUCCAGGGAACUACGAGGGAGAAAAACCCUAUUAAUUAAUAUAUGAGUAAAUCAUGGGGUGCGUUCGGACCACAGCAUCAGCGAGAUGAGGGGUAGUACCGGUUUAUUCUUCUAUUCCAAUAUCGAUAUAUGCAAAGAUAUUUGAAAUAAAGGUGCAUGCAUCUGAUCAAAAUGGAAUAUAAGUGGUUCAAAUCAUCGCUUCAAAA